AUGUUCCUCAAAACACCCCAAAAAAAACCUCAAACACCCAAAAAUACCCCCAAACACCAAAAGUACCUGAAAACACCCAAAAAUACCCCCAGACACCCAAAAGUACCUCAAAACACCCACAAAUACCCUCAAACAACCAAAAGUACAAGUACCUCAAAACACCCAAAAAUACCCUCAGACACACAAAAGUACCUCAAAACACCCUCAAACAACCAAAAGUACAUGUACCUCAAAACACCCAAAAAACACCUCAAACACCCAAAAAUACCCCCAAACAUCGAAAAAUACCCUCAGACACUCAAAAGUACCUCAAAACACCCAAAAAUACCCUCAGACAACCAAAAGUACAAGUACCUCAAAACCCCCAAAAAUACCCCCAGACACCCAAAAGUACCUCAAAACACCUACAAAUACCCUCAGACACCCAAAAGGACCCCCAAACACCCACAAAUACCCUCAGACACCCAAAAGUACCUCAAAACACCCAAAAAUACCGUCAGACAACCAAAAGUACAAGUACCUCAAAACACCCAAAAAUACACCCAGACACCCAAAAGUACCUCAAAACACCCACAAUUACCCUCAGACACCCAAAAGUACCUCAAAACACCCACAAAUACCCUCACACACCCAAAAGUACCUCAAAACACCCACAAAUACCCUCACACACCCAAAAGUACCUCAAAACACCCACAAAUACCCUCACACACCCAAAAGUACCUCAAAACACCCAAAAAUACCCCCAGACAACCAAAAGUACAAGUACCUCAAAAACCAAAAAAUACCCUCAAACAACCAAAAGUACCUCAAAACACCCACAAAUACCCUCACACACCCAAAAGUACCUCAAAACACCCAAAAAUACCCCUAGACACCCAAAAGUACCUCAAAACACCCAAAAAUACCCCCAGACACCCAAAAGUACCUCAAAACACCCCAAAAUACCCUCAAACACCUAAAAGUACCUCAAAACACCCAAAAAUACCCUCAAACAACCAAAAGUACCUCAAAACACACACAAAUACCCUCAAACAACCAAAAGAAGAAGAUAAUUACCAUGGAAACUAUGUGAAGGAGGAGGGGGUCCCUACUGACCUAGUCCAGACCGUUUUUGUUGACCUUGUGACCCGACGACCUUCACAACCUCAAAACUCUCCUGGAAGGUCAGAAAGGGACGUUCCUGCAGGAUAUUCGCGAUGGAAGGGCUGUAUUGUCAAAAACUUCAAGAAAUUCAAGAAGGCUGGUGUUGCUGGCCUAGACAGACUUCCAAGUAUCAUUGGUGGCAGUGAUCUGGUUCCACACGUAAUAUCUCAGCGCCGUGAACUUGACGAGUGGUUCAAGGAAGCUCAGCAGGCGGAGAGUCAACAAUCGGAGGCCAAUAGACGUGCACAGGAACUCUUUGAAUGGGAACCUCGAUCUCAUUCUAGUAACCGAUCUCGUUGA